AGGACAGCUGCCAGCAAUGUCCUGGUGGCUCUGGCCCGGAUGCACUUCACCUUGGUGAUGGCUGAGCUCCAGAGCCACCUGAAGGCCAUAGGGGAGAUGUCCAAGGAGUUUGUGCUCAUCACCCUGAGCAAACUCUUCAGCACCUAUGCUCCACAGUGCAUCCCCUUUGUGUGGCUGACGCUGGCCGGCCUGCGCAGUGUGGUGGGCCAGGUGAGGAGUGGCCAGAUCCUGCGCAUCGCUUGUGCUGGUGAGUGCCGGCCCCAGAGCAGGGGGUCUCGGGACAGCCCUUGCACCUCGCCCUGCUGCAGACUCUCACAGGCUCCCUUUUCUCACACUCACUUUUUUUAA